CCUCGCUCUGUUCAACUCACUGACCUUUCUUUCGUGCGUUAACUGUGGAGAUGUCGGUGCGAAGAACUACGCACCAAUUGAGCAGCGGGAUGAUCGUGUCGGGGCCGCCGGAGCCGCCGAAGGAGCGGGCGCCGGCGGUGGGGUUGCGGGCGGCGCCCUACACCGGCGGAGACGUUCGCAAGUCCGGCGAGCUCGGUAAGAUGUUCGACAUCCCCCCCGCGGACCCGGGCGCCCCCUCGCGGCCUGUGUCCAAGUCCCACUCCGGGCCGCUCGCUCGGUCGGCCCCCUCCUCUGGCUCCGGCCCGGUUCCGAGGAAGACCUCCGGUCCGCUCGCCCAGAUCCCGCCGACGGGACUCAUCACAUCCGGCCCCGCUCGGUCGUCCGGCGGGCAGCCGGAGCUGUCGCCCAGACCGGCGAGGAAGAAUAAGGGCGAGGCGUAUGGGGGGGCGGUGACGGCGCCGGAGGAGGAGGCGUUCGCGUUUGGGGUCUCGAGGGUGUGGAGGUGGGUUCUGGUGGGGGUCUUCGUGGCGGGGUUGGCGGCGGGGGCGUUCGUGUGGGUGGCGGUGGGGCGGCCGGAGAUACUGAUCGGGGUGGCGGCACUGAUGGCUGCCGUGGGGGUUUUGGCGGUGUGGAAUUGGUCGAUGGGGAGGAAAGAGGUGGAAAGAUUCUGGCGGUGCUACCCGAACACUUCGAUCGAUUCCAGAAAUCUCCCAAUUGGGAAAUUUGUUAAAAUCACUGGGCAUGUCACUUGCGGAAGCAUCCCUCUUGAAUCAUCUUAUCGAAAUAUUUCCAGGUGCAUAUAUACGUCGACCGAGCUAUAUGAGUAUAAGCACUUCACAUGGGGAUUGAAAUAUGCUGAGAGGUAUGUUGCAGAUUUCUAUAUAUCUGAUCCAGAUACUGGGACAAGGUUUCUUGUGAGAGCAGGAAAUGGAGCCAGAGUUACUUGUUUUGUUAAACCUGCAACUGUCAUGGAAAUAAACAAGGAUAAUAAAGAGCUAUCUCCUGACUUUCUAAGUUGGCUGACAGAGCACAAUAUUACCAGUGGUAGUCACAUAAUGCGCCUUAAAGAAGGGUAUAUCAAAGAGGGCAAUACUGUAAGUGUGAUGGGUAUCCUCAGGAAGCAUGAAAACCUAAUCAUGAUCGAUCCACCGGAAGAUAUCGUAUCAACUGGUUGCCAAUGGAGGAGAUUUUUCUUUCCGAUGUCUGUCGAGGGCCUCAUCCUAAUAGGAGAUGAACGACCGGAUGAGGUGGUAUAUCAGGUGUAAGUACUGUAAAGCCAUCCCAUCCUUCCUCUAGUCUCCAGCCAAAGAAGAGAACAGGUGAAACUAGAUGAGCUUUACAUAUCCAUGCAUACCUUCUUUCUCUGCUUUAGUUCAAUGUCGAUCCAAAAUAAAGUGUAGAGUGUCUACAGAUGUAAUCUGGCCUUCUUCAGUUUCAGUAGGUCUUUUUUGGCUGAAGUCGGAUUUGUAUGUAUUUCUUGUACAUUGAUGUGGCAUAAACUAAGAUGAGGGUGGCAAGCGAUAAAGCCUUCUCAUUCUGCUUAUCUGUGAGAACCUUCAUGGCUGGUUUCGAGUUGAAGCCUGUGGACAUUGUAAUGAAGAAGAACAAAGAAAGUGUACAGUUAUUCUUCUUCCCUGUAA